GCCAACGUUUUAUACUGACAAACGUUGCUUGCUUCUUAAUCUUGUUUUCACAUCCAAUGCCCUAUUAAUUGCACAUUAGUAUCAGCAGUUUGACUAAGGAAACAAAUUUUUCUGUCUCUCUCUAGGGCUGUCAACAACAUUAAUUUGUUAGCAAUAUGCAUGUAGCACACUAUUCAAUACUGUCAUUAAACAUUUCAGACUUUCAUUGGUCAUUAUAUCAGCCACUACCCCCUCAAACAAACAAACAAACAAAUAAACAAACCUCAUCGUUUUCCUUCUCCUUACAUUUUGCCCUUUUCUUCCCUUUCUUUUCACUCUGUUUUUUUUUCUUUUUCCCGCUCCUAAAUUGUAUGAAUAUUUUUCUUAGUUUCUACGUGACUCUCUAAAUGUUUUUUUUUUGUGUGAAUUAUUGGUUACUGUUUUGUUGCAGAUUCACUUUAUCAGAGUUAGCAUACCUUGUGCAUGUUUUACCUUUUCUGCUGUAGUGUUCUUUUAGAUUGCAUUAUUUUCUUUCUUUCUUGUUUUCCGUGAAAGUCGUAACAUGAGUACCAGAGCGCACACCACUCUCCAGGUAAUCAAACUUCCUUCAAAAUACGGCAAACUAAUUUAAAACCAAUUCUAUAAACAAAGCAGGACAACAUGGAAAAAGGAGGGAGCAAGAGAAUGGCAUCGAAAAUUGGGCGUCGAGAAAGGAAAAUGGCUUUGGUACAGGAUGUUGAUAAGUUAAAGAGGAAGCUAAGAUAUGAAGAGAAUGUUCAUAGAGUGUUGGAAAGAGCACUUGCAAGACCUUUGGGAGCACUUCCUCGUCUUCCUCCUUAUCUCCCUCCUCGUACGUUAGAGCUUGUGGCUGAAGUUGCGGUAUUGGAGGAAGAGGUGGUUCGAUUAGAAGAGAAGAUAGUGAAUUUCAGACAAGGUCUAUAUCAGGAAGCUGUCUACAUUUCCUCCAAGAGGAAUGCAGAAAAUCCGAUCGAUCCAAUUGAGCAGAAUUCAAUCAGAGGAUCCAAUCAUCAAAGAUCAAAAUCGCUGUCUCAAAAUGAGCUUAAUUCUACCACCAUUAAGCCUCAGAUUUCUCCUGCCAAAAGUGCUUCUAGUAGAAAGCUAGUCAAUAGGAAGCAAUUGCAUUCAAAACAAGAUUCCUUAUCAUCGAUCCCACAAGAGAAAUCUCUCGAAAAGAAAACCGCAAAGGUUAUCACUCCAGUGAGGAAAUCACCCACCAAACAAGAAGCAUCUGACAAGAGUGUAGAUCACUUGAAGUUGCAGCUGGAAAAGAGAUUAGUAGAUAAGGAAAGCGCACAAAAUUCUUCAAUUUCAUCAAAUGAUAAGGUGUUAGAAGUUGAUAGCACACCAAAUAGAGUUUCAGAGGAUAUUGUCAAGUGUUUAUGUAGCAUAUUUAUGAGAAUUGGCACAUUCAAGGACAAUUUCGGAGAGUCAAAAACAAAAGCACCUCCACGUGAUCCAUAUGGUAUCUGUUCAGUAUCCAAAACUAGAGAUAUUGGUGCCUACAACAGUUUUUAUGAGAUUAAAGCACCCACCGUUGAUUUCAACCAAAUGAGAAAUGCAGCGUUUCUGACCAAUAGAUUAAAGUUCCUAUUUGGGAAGCUUGCUUCUGUGAACUUGAAGGGUCUCUCUCAUCAGGAGAAACUUGCAUUUUGGAUAAACACUUAUAAUUCCUGUAUGAUGAAUGCAUAUUUUGAGCAUGGCAUACCUGAGAAUCCUGAAAUGGUUGUAGCACUGAUGCAGAAGGCAACAAUAGUAGUGGGAGGCCACUUGCUCAAGGCAAUUACAAUAGAGCAUUUCAUAUUGAGACUUCCUUAUCAUCUGAGUUUUACCUGUUUAAAAGCUGCAAAAAAUGAUGAGAUGAAAGCAAGAAGCAUAUUUGGCUUGGAAUGGACUGAGCCUUUGGUUUCAUUUGCACUAUCCUGUGGAAGCUGGUCUUCACCUGUGGUAAGGGUGUACACAGCAUCACAAGUUGAUAAUGAGUUAGAAGCAGCAAAGAGAGAUUAUUUACAAGCAGCAGUUGGCAUUACAACAACAAACAAGUUAAUAAUUCCAAAGAUACUUGACUGGUUUUUACUUGACUUUGCAAAGGACUUGGAAUCUUUGUUGGAUUGGGUCUGCCUUCAGCUACCUGUUGAACUGAGAAAGGAAGCAGUUGAAUGCCUUGAAAGAAAAGGAAGACAGCCUCUUUCGCAGCUGGUCCAAAUGAUGCCCUAUGACUUCAGUUUCAGGUUGCUUGUACACCAAUGACCUGAUUUUUCUUCUUCUUCUGGACAAGCGCAAAUAACCCAAUGAGAGGUGCUGUUAAUGACUCAAUUCUUUAAUCAACGCAGAUUUCUGAACUUUGAUGUGGUGGAUUUUGUAUAUUGGAUAGUGCACAUAGAAAGUAGAUAGAAAACAGUGUUUCCUUUCCUUUGGUAGGGUUUUGACCUUUGUAACUGUAAUAAGGUUCUUCUCCGGAAGCAUAGCUUGGGAAAAAAUUCCAUGAUCCCAACAAAUAAAGAGAUAUCUUUGAAAAAUAAUACAAACACAAAUGGGGUUGGAUGAA